AUGGCUAGCCCUCCAGUUCUCUCGUUCGAUGCUGAGGGCCGCCCGAUUAAGUUUGAGACCUGGCUCGAUGAUCUGCACCUGUUCCUCCAGCUCACUGCCAGAGAGGAUAUCUCGCUGUACGAUCACGCACUAGGCACAGUCCCUCCUCCUGCUACUACUGCUGCUGCUACUGCUCGCUCACAGUGGCAGACUCGCGAUGCCCACGCCCGCUUUGCUAUUCGCAACUCCCUGCCAGUCGACGAGCGCGAGCACUUUGGCCAGUAUCAGACUGCGCAGGCCCUGUACACUGCUGUAGUUGCGCGCUACUCCUCCCCGGCCUCAGCUGCACUAGGCCGCCUCUCGCUUCCCUACCUGUUCCCCGACCUGUCCGCCUUCCAGACAGUCGCUGACCUCAUCACUCACCUCCGCACUAGUGAUGCCCGCUUCCGUGCCGCCAUGCCCGCUGA